CAUCGGGGGAUCCCACCCGCGAUCCGCCCCGGAGGGACCCGCCCCGCUGGGAUCCCACCCGGGACCUACCUUGGAGAGACCCACUGCUCGGGAUCCCACCCGGGAUCUGCCCUGGGAGGAACCCCCAAGUGGGAUCCCACCCGGGAUCCACCCCACAGGGACCCGCCCUGGUGGGAUCCCACCCAGGAUCUACCCUGGAGAAACCUACUGCUCAGGAUCCCACCCGGGAUCUACUCUGGGGAGACCCACUGCUCGGGAUCCCACCUGGGAUCUUCCCCACAGGGACCUGUCCUGGUGGGAUCCCACCCAGGAUCUACCCUGGAGAGACCCACUGCUUGGGAUCCCACCUGGGGACCCACCAAAUAGGAUCCCACCGGAGAUCUGUCCCAGAGGGACCUGCCCUGGUGGAUCCCACUUGGGAUCUGUCCCAGAUGGACCUGCCCACCUGGAGGCCGGGUGGCCUGGAGGCACCACUUCCCUGGGCCACCUCCCCUCCCUGCCGAGAUCAAGGGGAUCCCUGCAGGAUCCACAGCUCAGGGGGAUCUCCUGCUGACCACCACCAUCUCUCCCGCAGGCUCCUCUCCCCUGUGGUGGCCGGGGGCUACCGGCAGGUGCCGAGGGGUGGCUACCACACCUGGGAGAGCUGUUGCCACGGCGGGAGCCGGCCAGCCGGGAGGCGAUGCUGCGGGUGCUGGACGCGGGGCUGGAGCGAUGCCUGGCGCUGCAUUCAGCCUACAUCCCCGUGCCCCGGCACAGGAAGCUCUCGGGCAAGGCGGGCAUCGACGAGGUGAUGGCGGCCACGGUGCUCACCAGCCUCUCCACCAGCCCGCUGGUGCUCGGUCACCCACCGGCCACCCCCACCCCAGAGCCCAGCAGUGAGGUCUGGAAGGAGGUGCCCGCCAUGUCCUCCAGCUGCAGCAGCAGCAGCAACACCAGCGGGGACUGGAGAUGGGACCCCCCCAGCGACCGCUCAACCCACUCCACCCCGUCGCCCCCACUCUCCAGCCACGUCCCCAGCACCUUCCUGCCCACCCCACUGCCGGACGACGGCCCCGACGAGCCCGACGGCACCCACUUUGUCUUCGGAGAGCCCAUCCCACGGAAGAGGAAGAACUCCACCAAGGUGAUGUUCAAGUGCUUGUGGAAGAGCUGCGGCAAAGUCCUCAGCAGCUCCUCAGGGAUGCAGAAGCACAUCCGAACCAUGCACCUUGGCCGGAAAGCCGACCUCGAGCAGAGCGACGGCGAGGAGGACUUCUACUACACGGAGCUGGACGUGGAUGUGGACUCGCUGGAUGGGCAUGGAGAGGAGGAUGAGCCUGACGUCUCUCUCCUGCAGAACUCCACCAAGGUGAUGUUCAAGUGCUUGUGGAAGAGCUGCGGCAAAGUCCUCAGCAGCUCCUCAGGGAUGCAGAAGCACAUCCGAACCAUGCACCUUGGCCGGAAAGCCGACCUCGAGCAGAGCGACGGCGAGGAGGACUUCUACUACACGGAGCUGGACGUGGAUGUGGACUCGCUGACGGAUGGACUCUCCAGCCUGACGCCCGUCUCACCCACCUCCUCGGUGCCACCCGCCUUUCCCGGCCCCGAGGUGCAGGGUCCGGUGCCGCUGCCCAUCCCCGACCUGGCUCUGGCCUCCCCCUCGGUCCCCCCCGGCCUCUGCCACGUCCACACCGACCACGCGUACCAGUGGGGACGGGGCUGCCAGCCUGACGUCUCUCUCCUGCAGAACUCCACCAAGGUGAUGUUCAAGUGCUUGUGGAAGAGCUGCGGCAAAGUCCUCAGCAGCUCCUCAGGGAUGCAGAAGCACAUCCGAACCAUGCACCUUGGCCGGAAAGCCGACCUCGAGCAGAGCGACGGCGAGGAGGACUUCUACUACACGGAGCUGGACGUGGAUGUGGACUCGCUGACGGAUGGACUCUCCAGCCUGACGCCCGUCUCACCCACCUCCUCGGUGCCACCCGCCUUUCCCGGCCCCGAGGUGCAGGGUCCGGUGCCGCUGCCCAUCCCCGACCUGGCUCUGGCCUCCCCCUCGGUCCCCCCCGGCCUCUGCCACGUCCACACCGACCACGCGUACCAGGGCUGCCCGGCCCCCCCGCGCCCACCAGUGCCCCCCACCGUGAGGCCGCGGGGGGAGGCCAAGAAGUGCCGCAAGGUGUACGGCAUGGAGAACCGGGAGAUGUGGUGCACGGCCUGCCGCUGGAAGAAGGCCUGCCAGCGCUUCCUCGACUGACGCCGUGGUGGCCCUCCCUCCUUCUUGCACAUUUUGCACUCGAGGUGCCUUCGCGCCCCCCUGAUCCUCCCCCCCCGCCCCAAAAAAAACCCCUCGCCGCUGCCCCGGGGCCCCCCCGGACUCAGGGACCGGUCCCCAAAAAGCUUUAUGCACACCCACCCCUCCCACCACGGAGCUUGUCCCCCACCUUUUUGUCCUUUGAAAAAUAAGCUAAAUCUGCCCCCCCCACCUUGCCGGAACCGUGGUGGGGGGGCGGCCGGCUGCUCCCGGCC